AUGUUGAUUGACCUGGUCAUCUGCAAUUUGGUGCUUCUCUGUGAGCGACCAGGCUUCAUAAGCAUUGCAAAUGCUGUCUUUGCCAUUGGAACUUCAAUUGGCCCAUUUGUCGGUGGUGCUUUAGCCCAGAAUCAGUGGAGAUGGGUCUUCUACCUCAAUGUCCCAAUCGGUGUUGUUUCACUCACGUUCCUCUUCGUAUUCCUGAACGUCACGAGUACGAAGCAGACUCUCUCGGAAAUCCUAAGACGAUUUGACUUCAUCGGAAGCUUUCUUUCAAUACCGUCGACCGUGGCAAUCCUUUUUGCCCUGAACACCACAGGGGCAGUGCAUCCCCGGUCGUCAUGGCGGGAUUCCGCAAUUGCGUUUCUCUCGACCUCAAUUCAUGCGACAUUCAAUCACCAUUUUUCUCAGCACGUCAACGAGAUCACCAAUCCUCAAGUGCGGGAAGUGUUUUCUGGUGGCAAUGCUUAUGAACAUGGCAACAAGGCUUUCAUAACUUCGUUAGACCCCACUAGCCAAUGGCAGGUUGUUCAUGUCUUCGCUCGGCGCUUGACGAUGGUGUGGACUGUUGGAAUGGUCCUCUGUGUGGUUAAUUUCUUGCCGAUUAUCCUGGAGAAAUCUAUCGACAUGAGGAAGGAACUGAACUCUAAGGUUGGAUUGGAGGAUCGGCCAUAUGCAAAGAGCCUGGCAGUAGAGGAGGUCAAGCGCAAUGGGAUUGCAAGCUCGACUGUUUGA